AUGCCACUCAAACGCAAAUUAUCCGAGGAUGAGUUCUCGGCUAGAGACAAUCCGGCGCGGAUGCCUUUUGACAGACGCUUGCUCUUCCCCACACCAGAAAGAACACAUGAAAAUGGCGUAGACACAGCUUUGAGUUCAGAAGAAGUCUACAAUCAAGGCAGUCGUCCAAUUGCGUCUUCAUCAUGCAGAUUACUGGGCGACAGGGCUAUCCCUGCAUCACUUCCCUUAGACAACAUGAUCAGCGCUAUCCAAGAACUGAUCGACCCGGACUUCGACCCAGUAAUCAGAGACAUCGACUUGGAUGAUGAUAUAUGUCAGUUUUUGAAACCCAUGCCAUCUCACAUCGCACCCGAUGAUGUUGAAUAUCUUCGCUCUAAAAACGCUCUUACUGUACCGGAGCCUUCGUUGCUGAAUGAACUGUUGAGAGCUUAUUUUCAAUGGAGCUACAACUUCAUGCCAGUCUUGGACAUACAAGACUUCUUGCCGGCUAUUGUGAACAACGAUCCGGAUGCGAACAUCAGUCUCUUUUUGCUUCAAGCAGUCAUGUUUGCUGGAUCGGCUUUUGCCGAUAUGAAUCAUCUUAGAGCUGGGGGCUUCCAUACUCGAAGGGAGGCUCGAAAAGAGUUUUUCACGCGUGCAAGGCUCUUGUACCACCUAGAAUACGAAGGAGAUCCUAUCUGUCGGCUUCAGGCAUUCUUAUUGUUGACAUAUAACAACGAGCGAGACAACAGCAUGCAAAACGAUAUAUGGUUCUGGCUUGGCCUUUGCAACACACAAGCUCAGUCUAUUGGACUACAUCGUGACCCAUCCAACCUGGACAUGGAUUCUGCCAGAAAACGACUACGGAGACGUCUUUGGUGGUGUCUUUUUGCUCGGGAUCGAAUGGUCGCUCUCGCGCUUCGGCGACCAACACAGGUCAACGAGGCAAUUAGUGAUGUUCCGUCGUUACGAUUAGCUGAUUUGGCCGUUGGGCCGUUGGAUCCUACAGUGAUUGCAACUAUUGGCUGCGAAUAUAUGAGGCAUACAUCUCAUCAAAGACGAUUGGCUUUGAUGUUCAUCGAGAAGGUCAACCUGUGUCGUUGCCUUGGCCACAUUCUAUUUGCCCAAUAUUCGCCUGCCAGUCUUUCUACUAACGGGCCGGCCGACAAGACCACCAUCACUCUUGUCCCUCGACAAAUUUCGGAUACAGAAUUAGAACGCUGUAGUCAAAAACUAGACACCUGGGUAAGAAACCUCCCAAGAGAAAUUGACAUCGACGUGCCACUUUCUCGCGGAGGGAGUGACAUCGGAGAAAGGAUCCAUCUGGUACACUCGUCGAUGUUACGUAUGAUAUACUACGCAACCUGUUCGGCAUUAUAUCAGCCACGAGCUUUUACUCAGGGAAGAGAACAACAGGCUCCGGCAUUGACAGCAAACAACUUGACGGAUACGGUUCGACAUAGACUACACGCGGCAGCAUCAAAAACCACCGAUAUACUACAUCAGAUCAAUCGUUUAGAUCUGGCAAGAUUUCUUCCAGCAGCUGGUUUGACUGCCAUAAGACCGGCGGCGAUAGUCCAUUUGGUCAAUAUCACAUCGACGAAUCAUGUUAUAAGGGAUAAGAGUACCUGGAGCUUUCGCCAAUGUCUUCAAUUACUUGGACAACUGAAGGACAUAUACCCUGCUGCGGAAUAUGAGGCUGCCUGUAUCCAUCAUGCAGUACAAUUACAAUAUGGCAGAAAAGGUUACUCUUAUAGUUUGCGUCAGGACAUUCGACUAGGUACAAAUAAGGUUGAUAGUUUUGACAAGAUACCCCAACGGAGUCCGCCACCACGAAGAAAUUCCCACCAAACAGCCGGCUUUGUCAUAUCAUCUGACAUCCACAAUUUAACUUCCGACGCAUUACCAACGAGUAAGGACAAUAUCGAGCAUCUUCUCGACCAAGGAACCCCAGGCGUAAGACAAGAAGAUUCAAUGGACCAGACUCAAGACCUGCCGUUUGAUGAAUGGCUCAUCCAGUAUGAUAAGGGGCUAGACACUACGAGCUCCCUUCCGUUGAAAAUUGAUGAUUUCAUGUCGACCAACAACAAAAGCCAAGAUAGCGAUGAGAAAUCAAACCCAACAAUUGAGACGCCACAGAAACCCAGUCUUAAUUCUCAUCCCCACGAACAGGAUAGUCGUCGUUCACCUUCUCCAGCUACGGUUUUGCCUCCGGUUGAUGAGCGUUCCUACGCAGAUGGAACAUCGAUAAUGCCCGAAGACGUAGACGAAGCUCUAGGCUUAUAUGAAGACGAUGGGUCGACCUGCUAA